AUGCCGUCAAACCUCCUGACUCAAGACCGCUGUGUCAUCUCUUUCUGGAAGGCAGGCUGUGGCUCCACGGCCAGAUCAGCCGAAGAAAUGAGCAACGCCCAUCGGAAACAUUGGACGAUUCACCGCUCCUGCUAUUCAAACUUCACCAUGGGCAUCUACCAAACCCCAUUGCUGGAAAUGAUCUACAAGAGUCUAUGGCGGCUGAGGCCUCAACCCCGGCCCAGUGAUCCCUUCCACCACCGUAUCUGCUCCUCGCACAUCCUGGAUUCGUUGCAUACUGCGAGGCCAACAGAUAUUCAGCGAUACACUCACUUCAUCGGUGCUUCUUGUAGCCCAGCUCAGGCAUUCCAAGCAAAUGCCCAGAAGAAGCACUGCUGGGUGCCUGCAGCUAUGGCGGACGAGGCUCGAUUUGUACGAAUGGCGGAGGCCACUGUUCGAAACCAGAAUAUGCCACAGCUUUCUCGCCGUUCUCCCACUUAUUCUGUCUCGAUUGGCACCCUCACCCACGCACACUCAUACACAGAAAAGUGA